GUUCGUAUUGUCAAUACUGAUAACGCAAACAAUGUUUCAAAAUAUUAUUGAUGUUUGAUUAUUUCAUGAGAUUAUUAACCUUUUAACCGUAAAUUUCCGUCUACCGUAGUUAAAACAAUGUCGGAUGCGUCAAAUCAACAAAUACCAGGAUUAAAACAAAAGAAAGUGUUUAAAAUUAUAGUGUUAGGUGAUUCAGGUGUUGGAAAAACGUGUCUUACUUAUCGGUUUUGCGAAGGACAAUUUUUAGAUAAAUCUGAGGCCACAAUCGGUGUUGAUUUCAGAGAAAGAAAUAUAAAAAUUGGCGGUGAAGAUAUAAAGCUCCAGCUAUGGGACACGGCUGGGCAAGAACGAUUCCGCAAGUCCAUGGUGCAGCAUUACUACAGAAAUGUCCAUGCUGUUGUCAUAGUUUAUGAUGUCACAAAACCGGAGACUUUUCAUUCGAUAGCGAGUUGGAUGCAAGAGGUGGAGUCCCAUGGGUUGAUGCGUGCUCCGAGAGUGCUAGUGGGUAACAAAUGUGACUGUGGCACACCAGAGUCCCGGCUAGCGACUACAUACGCACAACGGCUAGCUGACAAGUAUGGGAUGCCUUUAUUUGAAACGUCAGCGCUACUGGACUCGGAGUGCGACAAUGUGGAGUCUAUAUUUAUGACGUUGGCGCACAAACUAUACUCCAAGCAGCCGCUAAGGGUCGUCAGUGUUGAGGGAGAACAUGGCCCAGGUGUUGUGAAUCUACAACGGCAGAAACGAGCGACGAGUUCCAACGACAGCUGUCUAUGUAGCUAGACUCAAAUGGCCGUACUAAAUACGUAAUGUACACAGAAUACCAAAAUACUCGAAUACUACCAAAAGUCUACUGCAAAUACGUACGUUCUUAAUUUAAAUAUUUAUUUGAGUUUUUGCGUAAUAGAGGUACAAAUAUUUAAAGUCAAAGACAAAAUCAUUUAUUUCAAUUAGGCUAGUCUGUCGGUCAGCCCUCUUAGUGAAGCUAUUUGCUCGUUCCAAAGUGUAGAUUCCGAUGGAGAAGAACGAGCAAGAAACUCCAUGGUUACUCUGUGUAAAUCAGCUUCACAUAAAGAUUUUUUGGUACA